UUAGAAACGCACAGUGAGGAAACCUCUACCACGUUUUACUCUUCCUAGAGAAGCUUUGCAUUGAAAGAGAGGACACUAUGGUCAUGCUGAAGGUUUCCUCUUUCCUUGCUGUCUAUGCCUUGGUGGCGUGCCAGAUGGAGAGCUACCAGGCAGUCCCACUCAGAUCCGGCUUCGAGCCUGUCACAGACCGGGGGAUGCUCGGCGAUUAUGAAGCUCGGCGGUUAUUAAACGCGCUGGUGAAAGAAUACAUACAGAUGACAGCGGAAGAGCUGGAACAGGCGAGCGAAGGAAACAGCAGCGUAACAGCACAGAAGAGAGCAUGUAACACAGCAACUUGUGUGACUCAUCGUUUGGCAGACUUCCUGAGUAGGUCAGGAGGUGUGGGCAAGAACAAUUUUGUACCUACCAACGUUGGAUCAAAAGGUUUUGGCAGGCGAAGAAGAGAUGUUCAAAUGUAAUCUGCUGAAUGUCCCCAAUAUGAUUGCCAUGAAACUGAGCAGUGAACUCCUUUUAAUUUCUCCUGAAAGCAACUUUCUUCCAUAAAUCAAGAUGGCCAAAUAGACUCAUUUUUGCAUCCUUCUAAUAUUGAGGAAAUGUUUUGUUUUAAAAUUAAAGCACUUCUGUUAUAUAUAAUAUAUAUUCCAAGAUAAUUAUUCAAAUUAAAUUAUUGUAUAUUCUUUUUAUAUGCAGUUCUAUUUCAAAUAAAAUGUGACAGCAUCUAUUUAUUUAUUUAUCUUCUAGUAUAUCUGUGAAUUAUGACCCAUGCUAUUUAUCUUGGCAGUACUGCCAAAUCUCGGGGAUUACACUACAUUGCUGCCUAUCAAGGCAUAUCUGUAAGAUAUGGUGUGAUGUGCCUUGAUGUAAAACAUUUAACUGACAUGAUUGUACAGUAUGUUUAAAAGACACUUACAAUAUUGUAUCAUUUGUGAAUUUAUGCAAGAUUAAAAAAAGUAUUUUAGAUACACAUG